UCUAUCACAUUUUCCCCGUCGAACACCGCAUUUCAGCCAACAACCCAACGCCACUUACCAUUUACCAAGACCCUCUCUCUCUCCCUCUCUCUCUCUCUCUCGCUCUCUUCGUUGAAUUUUAGCGGCGGAAAUGGUGAAGGGUCCCGGCCUCUACUCCGAUAUCGGCAAAAGAGCCCGAGAUCUUUUGUACAAGGAUUAUCAGGGCGACCACAAAUUCACCGUUACUACUUAUACAGCCAAUGGAGUGGCCAUUACAUCAUCCGGUAUAAAGAAGGGUGAAUUGUUUUUGGCUGAUGUCAACACCCAGUUGAAGAACAAAAACAUUACAACUGAUGUAAAAGUUGACACCAACUCCAAAGUUUUUACAACCAUCACUGUUGAUGAGCCUGCACCUGGUCUGAAGACAAUCAUCAGCUUUGUUGUCCCAGACCAAAGAUCUGGCAAGGUGGAACUCCAGUACUUGCAUGAAUAUGCAGGAAUUAGUACUGGCAUUGGACUUACUGCAAAUCCAAUCGUCAAUUUCUCUGGUGUGGCUGGAAAUGACAAGCUUGCUCUAGGUGCUGACCUCUCUUUUGACACUGCCACAGGGAACUUCACUAAGUACAAUGCUGGUUUUAGUUUCACCAAUUCUGACUUAAUUGCUGCGUUGACCUUGAAUGAUAAGGGCGACACUCUCACUGCUUCCUACUACCACAGUGUUAGCCCGUUGACUAAUACAGCUGUCGGAGCAGAGUUGAGUCACGGUUUCUCUAGCAACGAGAACACACUCACCAUUGGAACACAGCAUUCAUUAGACCCAUUGACCACAGUGAAGGCUCGUGUGAACAACUAUGGCAAGGCAAGUGCUCUUAUCCAGCAUGAGUGGCGUCCCAAGUCUCUCUUUACAAUAUCAGGUGAGGUUGACACCCGAGCAAUUGAAAAAAGUGCAAAGAUCGGGUUGGCUGUUGCUCUCAAGCCGUGAAGCAAAUGAUUACCAUUGGCAACCGGCUAUGUUUGUACGCACAGAGCAAAUAAAGUAGGACAGCAAGAAUCUAGUGAAACUUUACUUCCUAGAGUGCGGUUAAUCAUUUUAUGUGGUCGAACUAGUGUUCUGUUCUAUUCACAAUUUGCCUGGUCGGAACCCGCCUGGGUGGGUAUGACUUAUUUUGACUGGUACUCCAUUUUGAUUGUGGUGGUGAUGCCGAUGGUGAAUUGAACUUUCAAGCAAGUAUUAUAUAUGGUGCUACAAUUGGGUUAACCUUCAA